GCCAACAUGCUACCACGUUUGCUGCUGCUUUCUAUUGGAGGAGUAUUAAUACUUUUGAUAGUGGAGCAGUGCAAUGGCAAGCGCAAGUGGGACUACGAACCGCUGUCCAUUGAAACCUACUCCACGGAUGACAGUAAGCUGAAGAUGGCGGCCAAAGUGGAGCGAGUUGGCCGCGGAGAAUAUGCCAUUUCGGCCAACAUCGAAUUCAAGUACACGCCAGACGAUACUACCAUGGUUGAAGCAAUGGCCUAUCGCAGCACUUCCGGAGAUGAAAACGACUACAAGAUUAUCCCGCUCAGCAUUCCGAAGCAGCCAUAUAUCGAGUUCAUGAACAACCACUAUAAGGACGUGGUGCUACCAAAUCUGGGUGGUUGCUCCAAUCUCGUCUCGUUUGAGGACAAAUUCGAGCCACCAUGGCCACAGAAUACGUACGUGUUGGAUAAAUGUGUGGCUAAUAGUGAUGGCUUUCCGGACAUUGUUCCUGAGGGCUACUACAAGGUCAACUUCACCAUGAUGAAUCCCGUGGACUGGGGAUUCAUUCUCAUUGUGAAGAUAACCACAAAACUUGUCUGAUCACCACGUCGGCACCUAUAUACAUAUCAAAUGUACCUAUAAACCUGUAUACAUUUAGCAUGUAGAUAGUAGUUGGCAUAAAUAGCAAUAAAAUCAGCAUC